AGGCACCGCUCGCGCUCGGAGCGCUGCGCGCGUCCUGUGUGUGCGCCCAGCGUGGCUGCCGCUGCCCCCACGGAGGGCACGGGCUGGCACGGCCGAUCGCCGGGGAGGACGGCGAGGAGGCGGCGGCGGCGGAGACGGAGACGGUGGCGACGAGGCUGGGGCCUGGGAGAGAGCCCCGGGGGAGAGGCGCCCGAGCCGGGCCGCGGGAGCAUGUGGGCCCGGAGCGGGGCGCGGGGUGCGCUGCUGCUGCUGGCGCUGCUGCUCUGCUGGGACCCGACGCCGAGCUACGCAGGCCCAGACACAGGUUUCGAGGUGCUCCCUGACUCCUUCCCGUCAGUGCCCGCCGACCCACUGCCAUACUUCCUGACGGAGCCGCAGGAUGCCUACAUCGUGAAGAACAAGCCAGUGGCAUUGAGCUGCCGUGCCUUCCCCGCCACUCAGAUCUACUUCAAGUGCAACGGCGAGUGGGUCAGCCAGAGUGACCACAUCACCCAGGAGAGCCUGGACGAGGCCACAGGCCUGCCAGUUCGAGAGGUGCAGAUCGAAGUGUCACGCCAGCAAGUGGAGGAACUGUUUGGGCUGGAGGAUUAUUGGUGCCAGUGCGUGGCCUGGAGCUCCGCGGGCACCUCCAAGAGCAGCCGGGCCUACGUCCGCAUCGCAUAUUUGCGCAAGAACUUCGAUCAGGAGCCUCUGGGCAAGGAAGUGCCCCUGGACCACGAGGUUCUCCUGCAGUGCCGCCCGCCUGAGGGGGUGCCUGUGGCUGAGGUGGAGUGGCUCAAGAACGAGGACAUCAUUGACCCCACUGAGGACCCCAACUUCCUGAUCACUAUCGACUACAACCUCAUCAUCCGCCAGGCACGCCUGUCUGACACAGCCAACUACACCUGUGUGGCCAAGAACAUCGUGGCUAAGCGCCGCAGCACCACGGCCACAGUGGUUGUCUAUGUGAAUGGAGGCUGGUCGAGCUGGGCUGAGUGGUCUCCCUGUUCCAACCGCUGUGGGCGCGGCUGGCAGAAGCGUACACGGACUUGCACCAACCCUGCACCCCUCAAUGGAGGGGCCUUCUGCGACGGCCAGGCCUUCCAGAAGACAGCCUGCACCACAGUAUGCCCGGUGGACGGCGCAUGGACAGAGUGGAGCAAGUGGUCAGCCUGCAGCACUGAAUGUGCCCACUGGCGCAGCCGUGAGUGCAUGGCGCCUCCACCCCAGAACGGCGGCCGAGACUGCAUAGGGGCCCUGCUGGAUUCGAAGAACUGCACGGAUGGGCUGUGCAUGCGCAGUAAGAAAAACCCAGGUGAACCCCCCAACCACCCUCUGGAGGCCUCAGGGGACGUGGCACUAUAUGCUGGCCUCGUGGUAUCUGUCCUGGUGGCCGUGGCCGUGUUGGCGGUGGUGGCUGUCGUCUUGUAUCGGCGCAACUGCCGUGACUUUGACCCUGACAUCACCGACUCCUCAGCUGCCCUCACCGGGGGAUUCCAUCCUGUCAACUUCAAGACCGCAGCGAGACCCAACAACCCACAGCUCCUGCACCCCACCGUGCCUCCAGACCUCACUGUCAGCGCUGGCAUCUAUCGUGGGCCGGUCUACGCACUGCAGGACUCGGCAGACAAGAUUCCGAUGACCAACUCACCGCUGCUCGACCCCCUUCCCAGCCUCAAGAUUAAGGUCUACAACUCCAGCACCACUGGCUCCACACCUGGCCUGCCUGACGGCACCGACCUAUUGGGAGUACUGCCACCCAGCACGUACCCCGGAGAUUUCCCUCGGGACCCCCGUUUCUUGCACUUGCGUGGUGCCAGCCUCAGUUCCCAGCAGCUCCCUGGGCUGCCUCGAGAGCCAGGCACCAGCGUCAGUGGCACCUUCGGCUGCCUAGGCGGGAGACUGAACAUCCCCGGGACAGGUGUCAGCCUACUGGUACCCCAUGGAGCCAUCCCCCAGGGCAAGUUUUAUGAGAUGUACCUCCUCAUCAACAAGACAGAAAAUACCCUCCCCCUGUCAGAAGGGACGCAAACAGUAUUGAGCCCUGCAGUGACCUGCGGGCCCACGGGCCUCCUGCUGUGUCGGCCUGUGGUCCUCACCUUGCCCCACUGUGCUGAAGUCAGCGCCGGUGACUGGAUCUUCCAGCUCAAGACUCAGGGCCACCAGGGCCACUGGGAGGAGGUAGUGACCCUGGAUGAGGAGACGCUGAACACGCCCUGCUACUGCCAGCUGGAGGCACGGGCCUGCCAUGUGCUGUUGGACCAGCUGGGCACCUAUGUGCUGGCCGGGGAGUCCUACUCACGCGCAGCCAUCAAAAGGCUCCAGCUGGCCGUGUUUGCACCUGCACUCUGCACCUCACUCGAGUACAGCCUCCGUGUCUACUGCCUGGAGGAUACACCUGCUGCACUGAAGGAGGUGCUGGAGCUGGAGCGAACCCUCGGUGGCUACUUGGUGGAGGAGCCCAAACCGCUGCUGUUUAAAGACACGUACCACAACCUCCGCCUCUCCCUGCAUGACCUCCCGCAUGCCCACUGGAGGAGCAAGCUUCUGGCCAAGUACCAGGAAAUCCCUUUCUGCCAUAUUUGGAGCGGCAGCCAGACAGCCCUGCACUGCACCUUCACCCUGGAGAGGCACAGUCUGGCCUCCACCGACUUCUCCUGCAAGAUCUGUGUGCGGCAGGUGGAGGGUGAGGGGCAGAUCUUCCAGCUGCAUACCACGCUGGCUGAGACACCAGCUGGCUCACUAGACGCCCUCUGCUCCGCCCCUGGCAGUACUGCCACCACCCAGCUGGGGCCUUAUGCUUUCAAGAUCCCCUUGUCCAUCCGCCAGAAGAUUUGCAACAGCCUGGAUGCCCCCAACUCCCGGGGCAAUGACUGGCGGCUGCUGGCACAGAAGCUGUCCAUGGACCGGUACCUGAACUACUUUGCCACCAAAGCGAGCCCCACAGGCGUGAUCCUAGACCUGUGGGAAGCUCUGCAACAGGACGACGGGGACCUCAACAGCCUGGCCAGUGCCUUGGAGGAGAUGGGCAAGAGUGAGAUGCUGGUGGCCAUGGCCACUGAUGGUGACUGCUGAGCCACCCACCUGCAGGAGAUGGGGCAGCUUCCUUUGGGAUGAGUUGGACCCCUGCUGCUGCCAGCUCACAGCCUGAAUCGCUCCGUCGUCCUCCUGCUUCUUCUCCUCCUCCUCCCCGGCCCACCCCAGACCAUGACCAGCCUUAGGAAAUCCACGUGCUUUGUUCUUUCGAGGACACAGGUGUGCCCUCUCCAGCCUGCAGUCUCUUUUGGCUCCUCCCUCAGGGUCCACUGGGCUGAGUCCCAGGUUGGGUGGCAGCAAAGUCAGCAGGGAGAUCCCCAGUCCCCCAGGCCCUUUGAGUGUCAGGGUUGGGGUUCCCUUGGCUCUGUGUUUGCCUCUUGGGGCUCUGAUCCCUUGCCCCCUCCCUCAAAACCCCUCCAUUCAAAACUGUUUUCCUCUUUGAAGAGUCAAGUCCAGUUCAGACCAACAGCUUUUUUUUUUCCUGUCCAAAAGGUAAAAGGAAAGACAGGAAGCAAGUGUCAGGUGUCUAGUAAGGCUCCAAGAAGAAAUACACCAAAACCACCAGGGAAAAGCAAAACCCCCAGUUUCUUAGGAAACGCAAAUGAUUUAUUAUCCAGAUAUUUGGAUAAGUCCUUUUUAAGAAAAAAGAAAAAAAAAAGAAAAUGAAAAAAAAAAACAAAAACAUGAAAAAUAAGAAAACUUCUUUGUUGAGUAUGGGCGUGCUUGGCCAAGAGCAAGUAUGUAUGCAGAGAUGUGUGUCUGUGUGUGUGCAUAUUUG